GCCGGCGUUCAGUCGUCGCGUGGUCGCGUGGCUCACUCGGCGUCCCGUCGUCCGGCGCGCGUUGCCCCGUGAGCCCUCACCGCGUCUGUGAACAAACGCGAUCUUCGAUCAUUCGGUACUGUGCAAUAAUAUUACAUUUAGCAUUUAAACUGCUCUGUGUCGGGUUUUAUUCAUCUUUAAUUCUGUUUUAAUUGUACAAGUCAGGACGUUUGUUAAAUUUGUAUUUGUUUUCUACUUUUGUGUGGCAUUACUUACUUAUUGUUUUAAUUGGAUUGUUUAGCGAAGAUCUAGCGGCGGCCGGUAUUUGGAAACUUACGAAAUCUGUGACGCAGAUCACGGGCGGGGGUUCGACACCGAGGAACUGUGAAAGCUUGGCGCUGCUUGAUCGGCAGCUACUGCGUGAGCGCGGCGGGCUGAUGGCCCGAUGACGCAGCAUGCGCCGCGUGACCAUCGCCGCUUUACUGCGGCUUCUCCUCGUCGCAGGCGGCGCUAGCUUUGCAAACCCGUACGGCGGCGAGGAGCGCGUGGACCUCGGACAAGUAUGGGUGGAUAUCCCGAGCUCGCUGGUCGCGCUGGGCGGGGACGUGCACAUCACGGUGCGCGGUGCGCCCGCCGCCGCCGCUGCAGCGCUGCGCGUGCGGCUCGCACGCGAGGACGACGGUCGCGCUCUGCUUGCCACAAUGCCCCUCGCGCUCGAUGCCGAAAGCCGCAUGACGCUGCCCUGCGGUUACUUCUCUAGGGGUGGUACCUACUACCUGGAGCUCGUGGCUGAAGGGGAUCACUUGCCGGCGGAGGACUACGAGGCCGACGCCACCGAGCGCACGACCGAGGAGGGCGAGCGGGUGCGCCGGGCGGCCGACGGCGACACGGUGCAGACGGGCGAGGGCGCGGUCAAGUCGUGGCAGUUCGAGGUGCAAUGGCCGACGGCGACGCUGGACGUGACGCCGGAGCGAAUCCAGACUUACCCGGAGCGCGCGGUGACGGCCAUCGUUGAGUUCCCGCGGGCGGUGUGCGCGCCGCUGCGGGCAGGCGCCGACUUUUGGCUGGAGCUGCUGUACUGCGGCCACGCUAGCGGCGGCGCCGUGCUCUGCGACGGCAGGAAUACCAGCUCGCACGCACACGUCCUCUACUCGGAACAGAUGCACGCGUUCCCCGGGCGGCGCACGAUGACGCUGCGCUGCGAGCUGUUCGGGCAGGCGGGGGACUACGCGCUCACGCUACGCCCCGCCGCGCCCGCAGCACCCGCCGGGUCCCAGGACCUCGCCGCUGCAUUCAUAAAGGCGGACUGGUCGGAGCAGUUCGUGCUGAACGUGCGCGGCGGGUCGGUGCUGCCGUGCGGCGCGGGCGUGCGCGUGCUAUUCCAGUACCCCGAGUGCGUGCUCGAGCGCGCCGACCGCGUACGCGUCUUCGGCCGCGACCGCGACCGACUCCGCUAUGUCGCCGAGCGCAGGGUCACCAGAGGGCAACACACGGCGUCGUUCGACUGUCGGCUGUUCAGCGAGCGGUUCCCUGAGUACUGCUUCGUGUACGUGUCGCAGGCGGUGACGGGCGCCGUGGCCGACGUGCGAAUGGACUGCCUGCCCACGCUGCCGCUCUCGGAGGGGGGCGCGGGCGCGUGGGGCGCGUGGUCGGCGUGGUCGGCAUGCCCGGCGCCCGCGCACUGCAGCACGCGCACUCGCAGCCGACACCGCUUCUGCGACUCCCCACCGCCCGCCUACGGCGCCAAGUACUGCGAGGGCCCGGCGGUGGAGCUGGCGGCAUGCGAGUGUUCGGCGCAGGCGUGGGCGGGCGACGCGCCGGCCGUGGUGGCGGAAGUGGGCGCACGAUGCCGCUGCGGCUGCGUGCUGCACCUGGCGCCCGCGGCGCGCUUGCUGGCCGGCUCGGCGCGCGCCUGCCCCGCACGCUCCUUCUGGCUGCUACAGGCGGAGGAAGGUCUGAGGGUGCAGUUGCGUGUGGAGUCAGUGCGGCUGCCGUGUGCGGGUCAGGCGCUGCGGGCGCGGGACGGGGACUCGCUCGGGUCGCCGCUGCUCGCCGCCUGGGAUGGGCCCGACGCCGCGGCAGAGGCGGGCGAGGGCGAGGGUGAGGGUGAGGGCGGGCGGGUCGGUGCUGUGCAGGUGUCCGGGGGCCGGCACAUCCUGGUGGAGCUGCGCUCGGCCGACACCAGCGCUCGCUGCGCCGGCGGCUUCCUCGCGCACGCCUACCAAGUCGAGCCGCUGCUGAACCAGUCUGCGGCGUGGGCGCGUGCGGCGGGUGCGGGGGGUGCGGGGGGUGCGACGGGUGCGUGGUGGGCGGGGGGCGGCGGGGCGCGCGCGGCGGCGGGCGCGCUGGCGGCGGGCGCGGCGCUGGCGGCGCUGGCGCUGGCGCUGCACUCGGCGCACCGCACGCGCGCCUACCACCGCGCCGCCGACAAGGAGUCGCUCACCGACAGCGACGCGUGCUCGGCGUCGCUGGAGCUGGGCGUGACGCGGGCGGCGUCGCGCAGCACGCUGCUGUCGGAGGUGGGCGGCGUGGCGCUGCGCCGGCUGCUGCCAGCGCGCGCUCGUCACACGCGCCUCAGGGACGCCGAUCGCAGCUCGCAGUGCACGCAAAGGGAUGAGGAGCAGUGCACGGACGCGGAGGGUGACGAGGCCAGCGUGACGAGUGCGGGCAGCGCGGGCAGCGCGGGCAGUCAGAACACCGUGACACCGGAGAGCGUGUCAGCGAGCAGCGCGCCCCCGGGGGGCGGGGGCGGGGGCGGGGGCGGGGGCGUGGUGCCCUCGCCGCUGCGCCGCUCGCACACGCUCUCCGCCACACACGUCACCUCUUCACAGGAGCUGUCUGCGGCCCUGACGGCGACGAGUCGUGCGGUGACGGCGGAGCUGACCGCCAGCACCACCUCCGUGAGCGGGCGAGAGGAGAGCACGGAGGAGAAGGACGCGAACAGCGCGUGGGAGAGGGACGGGAGCGCGAGCAGGGCCUCGUCCUCCAUCUCCGCCGCGACACUCACUAACGGCUGGUACUCGCCGGCGCUGAGCGGGGUGUCCGCGGCCAGGAUCCGGGACAACCCCAAGCACACCAAGGAGUCGUGCAACCGCAAGCUGCUCAAGUCCGACCUCAGCCUCACCUCGCACCCCGAGAUGGAGAUAGACUACUACGACUACGAGGUGAACAACGCAGGUUCCGUGCCGGGAUCGUACUUAGGCAUGGAUCCGGCUUUUUUAGUCUGGAUCCCGCCGAUAGAGGACGGCGACAUCAUCAAAGAGAUCGACGAAAAUAAACCGAUCAAAUAUGAGGAGGUUAUCCCCCUGGAGUUACGUCCGGACCCGGGCAGCAACCGGGAGUCCCCCGAGGAGCGGCCCUCCGCCGGCGCUCUCGGGCGCUCCGCCGACCACCGCACGAACAGAUCCAACGAGUCCAUCAAGUCCAUCAGGAGAGUGAUGGACAGAGGCAAUAUCAUACAUCCGCUCAACUUCAGCAUCAGUGACUUGCAGCACUCGCCUAGAGUUAAUAAGAAGAACAAAAGGAAAAAGGAGGCGACUCCCGUCUCCAUACAGAUGAAGGAUUUGACUGUGAACAUGUCCCCGGUGCGAGUGCACAGAAGGGACCCCCGACACGACUACGACAACUCGUCUACGCUCAAGCGCAUCCACGACACGUCAAGGGAAAAGGACGACACGUUAAAAAGGUCGGACGUCAUCGACUUGAAGUUCGCCGACGAGACUUCGGAUUCUUCUAACGAUAUAAAGUUCGCGGACGACUCGCCCGACAGCAACAGGCUGGCCGACAGGUACGAGGUCGUGGCGUAGACGAGCAGCGCCGGCUUCUCACCGCACUGCAUUAUCAUCAUUCCCAAGGAAUUCUAAAAUGAUAAAAGAUAGUAAGAAAUAUCGAAAUAUUUGUAGAUACAUUGGUGAAGCAGCACUUUCGUUGCAGAUCUAAAGAUACCGAGCUAAAGAUGUUUAUUCAAUUGAACACGACCCGUUCUGACAGCUGACAGUUAACGCUUACGUAACUCUCACACUACGAGCCUCUCAUAGUUAGAACAUAAUGUAGUCGAGUAUAAGGACCAAUAUCAAUUCGUGAUAAAUUCAUAUCGCAAACACUUAUCAAAGAUUUCCAUUAUUCAUAAAUGCACAUAACAAAAUACAUAUUUUUCUGUGUCGUAGUCUAGUCAUCUCCAAAUAUAUUAAUAUUCAUAUAUAGUUGUCUCACUCGCACUGUACAUUUCCAUCCAUAUUUGUUUGUUGUACUUAGAAGACUGACAUGUUCGGGCAGUGCAAUAAUUCUAAGUCUGCAAAUAAUUUUAAGUAAAUUGAAUUCAACGGCAAUUAAUAUGUAAUUGUAAGUAGAAUGUAUAAUUAUUCAAAUGAUAAAUAAACUUUGAAUGUAUUUUUAAUUUGUUGGGAAUAAUAAUAACCUACACAACAAGUUCACGCAGAUCACCUUUAGGGAUUUCUUUGUUUUAAAGGCAAGGACACACUCCCCUGCGUCCUGCCGACCUCACUUAUCACCCAACAAGUGCAAUACUUGAAUACAUUUAUCCAUCAUUUGUUGCGUAAUUGCGACAUUUUAUUAAAACGUAAGAUAAAAUGUUUCCAAAGUUAUUUUAGUAAAUUAUAAUGAGAAAUCAUCACUUGACUAUGAAUAAGUGAUUAUAUUGAGAGAUUGGAAAUGAGGGAUGUUGGAAAUAUAGGAUUGUGAUACUCAUAGUACUUAAUUUAUAGAUAAUUUAUUUAAUUUCGUAUGUUUAACAUUUACAUAUUAUGUAAAUAAG